UGAUACGUCCAGAGAAGACGACCCGCGUCUCCUUGCCCUGUUUUGAGCUUGAAGAGGCGUUGGAUUAGCUGAAUACAAUGGACCCUUCACCUGAUCUUGCAAGGGGCGACCGAGGCCGUGGCCGUGGCGGACGCUUUGGGUCUCGGGGAGGCCCUGGCAGCGGGUUCCGACCUUUCGUGCCUCACAUCCCUUUUGACUUUUAUGUGUGCGAGAUGGCUUUCCCCCGGGUGAAGCCAGCCCCUGAUGAAACUGCUUUCAGCGAAGCCUUGUUGAAGAGAAACCAGGACCUCGCUCCAACAUCUGCUGAACAGGCUUCCAUCCUCUCACUUGUAACUAAGAUCAACAAUGUGAUCGACAAUUUGAUUGUGGCACCAGGAACGUUUGAAGUGCAAAUUGAAGAGGUUCGCCAGGUGGGCUCAUACAAGAAGGGGACCAUGAUGACGGGCCACAAUGUGGCGGAUCUUGUUGUGAUCCUAAAAAUCUUGCCCACAUUGGAAGCCGUUGCCGCCUUGGGGAACAAAGUCGUGGAGAGCCUGCGGACCCAGGACCCCACAGAAGUGCUGACCAUGCUCACCAACGAGACUGGCUUUGAAAUCAGUUCCGCGGAUGCGACAGUGAAAAUUCUGAUCACUACCGUGCCCCCCAAUCUACGCAAGCUGGACCCUGAGCUGCACCUGGAUAUUAAAGUGCUGCAGAGCGCCCUGGCCGCCAUCAGGCACGCCCGCUGGUUUGAAGAAAACGCCUCUCAGUCCACGGUGAAAGUUUUGAUUCGCCUGUUAAAGGACCUCAGGAUGCGGUUCCCGGGCUUCGAGCCCCUCACGCCGUGGAUUCUUGACUUACUCGGACACUAUGCAGUUAUGAACAAUCCCACCCGACAGCCGUUGGCCCUCAACGUCGCCUACAGGCGUUGCCUUCAGAUCUUGGCCGCAGGGCUGUUCCUUCCUGGGUCGGUCGGCAUCACUGAUCCUUGCGAGAGUGGAAACUUCCGAGUCCACACGGUCAUGACCCUGGAGCAGCAGGACAUGGUCUGCUAUACAGCUCAAACCCUUGUUCGCAUUCUCUCUCACGGAGGGUACCGGAAGAUCCUCGGACAGGAGGGAGAUGCCAACUACCUCGCGACUGAAAUGUCUACCUGGGAAGGCGUGAUUGUGACUCCAUCAGAGAAGGCUUACGAGAAGCCGCCGGAAAAGAAGGAAGGGGAAGAGGAGGAAGAGAACCAGGAGGAGACAGCUACUGGAGAGGAAGAAGAAAACAUGGAAACUCAAGAGUGACUUGGGCCCUCAGUGGAAUUCUCCACGCCUAAAACUUGAUGGAUGAACGAGCCGUAGGAUAUGACCAAGCCCCGUCCUCCUCCUUUCUGUUAACUUCUUAUGUCUUUGUUUUUAUAACUCUUACCAUUAAAAUGGUGUGUUCCUUAUAAAA